AAAGAGUCACGUAAAUUAAAUAAAGCUAGCAAGAGAUGGNUUUUUGCUUUCGGAGCAUUUAUGCUAGAAGUGGCUUGCGGAAAAAGGCCUCUAAAAGUACAGGGAUUGACUGAUGAUAUGAUUCUGGUUCAGUGGGUAAUGGAGAAAUGGAAAGCAGGAGCAAUCCUUGAGGUAAGUGAUCCGAGAUUGGGGGGUGACUUUGUGGUGGAGGAAAUGGAGUUGGUUUUGAAGUUGGGUCUGCUUUGCUCGCACUAUAAUCCGAUGGCUAGGCCUAACAUGAGGCAAGUGAUGAGGCAUUUGGAUGGGGAUGCUAUGCUGCCCGAAGGAGUUGGCAUGGCUGCAUUAUUUGGGGAUGAAGUUUCAAAUGAAUUUACAGUGGCAUUCCCUUCAUCAUCAUUGACGAAUAUUUCUGCUAAUGCCCUGUCUGGUAUUGAGUCACACCUUGACGAGGGACGUUAAGACUAAUAAGUUUUAUGGGUAAUUCCAUGUAUUUUGGUAUCAACUUUUGAUAGUCAAGUUUUGUGAUUUAAUUUGUUUAGACAUUCUAGUUUUAAUCGUGCAGAUAAUAG